AGAACCCAUUACCAUUUGCGAUAUUCAGAAAAUGAGACUCAAAAGAGAGUUUCUUCUCUUCUUCGUUCUUCUGGUUCUCCUUGCCUCGGCUGGUGUGAAUGUGAUUGUGGCUCAGCAACCUCCAUUCACUUGCGGGUCACCCAAUUCCUUCCACUUCUGCAAGGUAUCCCUACCCAUCAGUCAAAGAGUGCGAGACCUCGUCUCUCGUCUCACCUUAGACGAAAAGAUAUCCCAACUCGUCAACACAGCUCCGGCGAUUCCUAGACUCGGAAUCCCCAGCUAUGAAUGGUGGUCCGAGUCCUUACAUGGCGUUUCCGCUUCAGGAAAGGGCAUCCGAUUCAACGGAACGAUUCGCUCCGCCACAAGCUUCCCUCAAGUCAUCCUCACUGCCGCAUCUUUUGAUGCCCAUCUCUGGUAUCGCAUCGGACGAGCUAUUGGAAUCGAAGCUCGAGCAGUCUACAAUGCGGGACAAGCUAUUGGAAUGACAUUUUGGGCACCUAACAUCAAUAUCUUCAGGGACCCAAGAUGGGGAAGAGGGCAAGAGACACCAGGGGAAGAUCCAUCUGUAACGGGUAGGUAUGCGGUCUCGUAUGUGAGAGGCAUUCAAGGGGAUUCUUUCGAAGGUGGGUUGCUCGGUUAUAAUCAUCUCCAAGCUUCAGCUUGUUGUAAACACUUCACUGCUUAUGAUUUGGAUAACUGGAAGGGCAACACUCGAUAUGUCUUCGAUGCUCGUGUAUCGUUGCAGGAUUUAGCAGAUACAUACCAACCUCCAUUCCAGAGCUGUAUCAAAGAAGGUAAAGCUAGCGGGAUUAUGUGCGCUUAUAACCGUGUUAAUGGAGUCCCGAACUGUGCAGAUUUCAAUCUAUUAACCAAAACAGCCAGAGAACAAUGGGAUUUUCAUGGGUACAUCACAUCAGACUGUGAUGCAGUUUCUAUCAUCCACGAUGCUCAAGGAUAUGCUAAAACACCGGCUGAUGCGAUAGGAGCUGUUCUUCGAGCUGGGAUGGAUGUAAACUGUGGUUCCUACUUGCAGACAUACACCAAAUCAGCAAUUGAACAGAAAAAACUUUUGGAAGCUGACAUAGAUAGAGCUCUCCAUAACCUCUUCUCUAUCAGAAUGCGUUUGGGACUGUUUAAUGGUAAUCCAAGGCAACGGCCUUUCGGCAACAUCGGUCCCAACAAUGUCUGUUCCCAGGAACAUCAGGGUCUAGCUCUUGAAGCUGCCCGUGAUGGCAUUGUCCUGUUAAAGAACUCUGCUAAGCUCCUCCCAUUGCCAAAAACCAAAUCCAUAUCUCUUGCUGUUAUUGGCCCAAAUGCUAACAAUGCAACCACACUUGUUGGAAACUACGCUGGCCCUCCAUGUAAAUCCAUUACACCUCUCCAAGCAUUACAGAACUAUGUCAAGAACACUCAGUAUGAAAUGGGUUGCAACUCUGUUGCAUGUUCUUCAGUUUCGAUCGAUAAGGCAGUGAAUCUGGCAAGAACAGUGGAUUAUGUGAUUAUGAUCAUGGGUUUGGAUCAAACACAGGAGAAGGAGUCCCUGGAUAGAGUGGAUUUGGUACUCCCCGGGAAGCAACAGAGUCUAAUCGCGAGUGUCUCCAAAGCUGCAAAGAAGCCAGUGAUCUUGGUGCUCCUGAGUGGUGGUCCGGUUGAUAUUUCAUUUGCAAAGCUUGAUAAUAAAAUUGGAAGCAUCUUGUGGGCUGGUUAUCCAGGUGAAGCUGGUGGAACUGCGCUCGCUGAGAUUAUCUUCGGAGACCAUAACCCAGGGGGAAGAUUACCUGUCACUUGGUAUCCACAAGAAUACACCAAAGUGCCAAUGACGGAUAUGAGGAUGCGACCUGACCCAGCAUCCGGUUAUCCUGGAAGAACUUACAGAUUCUACCAAGGCAGAAAAGUGUUCAAUUUUGGUUAUGGCCUCAGCUACUCAACUCACUCUUAUGAGUUCAUCUCUGUUACCAAAGAUAAGCUCUACUUAAACCAAUCUGCCGACCUUCAGGCAGUUAAGAAAUCAGAUUCUGGCCGCUACGUUUCUGUGGCAGACAUAGGGAAUGAACUGUGUGAGAGCAUGACAUUCUUGGCUGUGAUUGGAGUUAAAAAUCUUGGGGAAAUGUCAGGAAAGCAUUCCGUGUUGCUCUUUGUGAGGAAGGCCAAACUCCAACAUGGCAGCCCAGUGGAAAGUUUGCUCGGAUUCCAGACCUUGCACUUAAAUGCCGGGGAAAGAGCUGAAAUUAAAUUUGCUUUAAGCCCUUGUGACCACUUCAGCAGAGCUGAUGAAGGUGGUUCUUUGGUGAUGGAGGAAGGAUCUCAUUUCUUAGUUGUGGGAGAAGAAGAGUACCCUGUAACUGUUAUUUGAAAUUUUUACUUAGUAACAAUGGUUCUGUAGCUUACAAGACGAAAAAUAGGGGAAAAUAACAUCUGGAUUUGAGCUUUCAAUUUUCAUGGUACCAUUUGUUCUUUGGUAGGUUGCAGGAGAUUGAAUGGAUACUCAUGUUUGUGUCAUUUGAAACUAAAUGCUUUCCCAAAUG